AAGCAGUCCUCCCACCUCAGCCUCCCAGAGUCCUGGGAUUUCAGGCGUGAGCCACUGUGCCUGGCCCCAAGUGAUCUUUAGUUGGUAGCUCUUGGUUUAUGGCAGUGUUGUUAGCGAAAGGCAGAUGGGAGGAUGAGAGGGAGCACCUUAACUGAAUGGAGGGAAGAAAGAAGGACAAAGGAGAUGGAGAGGACAAACAUUCAGUAAGCACCUGCUGUAUACUGGGCACUGUGUUCAAUAUGUCAUCCAGUGAGGCAAGCUAGUAUACCCAAUUUCAGAUGAAGAAACUGAGGCUCCGAGAGGUGAUAAAUACAGACUUUAACAGAUAUCAGUGAUAUGGGAAGGGUAAAAGUCAGGAUUUAAACCAGGGUCUGUAAGAAUCUAUCAUCCAGGUCUUUCUACUGCAGCACGAUGCCUUAGGGAAUCAGCUACCUGUUAAGAGGAAGGGCAGGUGAGGAAUAUAAAUGGAAAGAAAAACAGAGGUUUUUCCUCUCUGUCCAGAGGAAAUUCUGAGGGCCAGGAAAUUCUGAGAUUAUCAUUGCCCCUGGGCCUGCUGGGAUGGAGGAGUUUGGGGGCUGCCAUAGGCCUUUUGGAAUCUCCAGUGGUGAUGUUUAUUGCUUUGAGUAGCUCUGUGUCCCUAAGUCUGCAGAGGACCCAGGCUACCAGGGAAGAGAUUAUUUGGGCCACAGUAAGUGUUGUUAAGCUAUAAUCCAGGGUUUGAAUAAAAUCAAGCACCGUCUCAUCAGGAUGCCUGCUCUCUCCUGCUUUUUUAGAAACGGAUGCGUUUUAGGAAAAAGAACCACAAAACCAGCGUCUUUAUAGCCUGUCCUGUUUUCUGUUAACUUCCAUUAUAAAAAUUGGAGCGAGAUUUACAGCACAAAACUAUUUUCAAUAUACUCAAUGGAAUUUCUUUUCUGGGUUUUACCAACACUCUGUACUUCUGGGAUCUUCUUUUCCCCCAAUGUUGUAGAAAUAUCUCCCGUGAUUGUGGCUAUUCAUGUACUUGUUGGGGUCUCUCACCCUGAUGGGACACUUAUUAAGUAAGGGAUGAUAUGAUUUCUCUUUGUGUAUACCACACUGCAUGCAAGGAGUAAUUUCUCAUAGCAACGAUUAAGAUCUUGAAAACAAAAAAUAAAGACACAUUGGACCUUAGUUGUCAUGGCACUGAGUCGAAUCCUUAGAUGUCAACUCGGAUGGCUCAUGCCAUCCAACAUAUCCUCACCUUAAUGUACCAAAAUAUCCUCAGUUGGAACUCUGGGAAGGCCAACCCUGCAGCCUGGACUUCCUGUAACGGUAAGGAUCUUGGGACUUGUUGGCUGGCAGAGGUUUCUGUGCAAAUUCAUUUUAACUGUGCUUGCAUCCUUUUGGAAUAGAUGACAAUUGGUAAUUCUGAAUUGAGAUGAUUUCGAAAGCUGUACUUCUGGUGCCAUGCCUGAAAUUAGUUUGAAAUAGGAACAGCGGGGGAACAAAUUGUAUUGUGUGCAGUAUCAAGCAUUUCCCUGGCCCUUCUCCCCACUAGCAAGCCAAAUUACAGCAGCAGAUGGACCUGCAGAAAAAUCACAUUUUCCGUCUGACUCAAGGACUGCAAGAAGCUCUAGAUCGGGCUGAUUUGCUGAAGACAGAAAGAAGUGACCUGGAGUAUCAGCUGGAAAACAUUCAGGUUCUCUAUUCUCAUGAAAAGGUGAAAAUGGAAGGCACUAUUUCUCAACAAACCAAACUCAUCGAUUUUCUGCAAGCCAAAAUGGACCAACCUGCUAAAAAGAAAAAGGGUUUAUUUAGUCGACGGAAAGAGGACCCUGCUUUGCCCACACAGGUUCCUCUGCAGUACAAUGAACUGAAGCUGGCCCUGGAGAAGGAGAAAGCUCGCUGUGCAGAGCUAGAGGAAGCCCUUCAGAAGACCCGCAUCGAGCUCCGGUCCGCCCGGGAGGAAGCUGCCCACCGCAAAGCGACGGACCACCCACACCCAUCCACGCCAGCCACCGCGAGGCAGCAGAUUGCCAUGUCCGCCAUCGUGCGGUCACCAGAGCACCAGCCCAGUGCCAUGAGCCUGCUGGCCCCGCCAUCCAGCCGCAGAAAGGAGUCUUCAACUCCAGAGGAAUUUAGUCGGCGUCUUAAGGAACGCAUGCACCACAAUAUUCCUCACCGAUUCAACGUAGGACUGAACAUGCGAGCCACAAAGUGUGCUGUGUGUCUGGAUACCGUGCACUUUGGACGCCAAGCAUCCAAAUGUCUCGAAUGUCAGGUGAUGUGUCACCCCAAGUGCUCCACGUGCUUGCCAGCCACCUGCGGCCUGCCUGCCGAAUACGCCACACACUUCACUGAGGCCUUCUGCCGCGACAAAAUGAACUCCCCGGGUCUCCAGACCAAGGAGCCCAGCAGCAGCUUGCACCUGGAAGGGUGGAUGAAGGUGCCCAGGAAUAACAAACGAGGACAGCAAGGCUGGGACAGGAAGUACAUUGUCCUGGAGGGAUCAAAAGUCCUUAUUUACGACAAUGAAGCCAGAGAAGCUGGACAGAGGCCGGUGGAAGAAUUUGAGCUGUGCCUUCCCGACGGGGAUGUAUCUAUUCAUGGUGCCGUUGGUGCUUCCGAACUCGCAAAUACAGCCAAAGCAGAUGUCCCAUACAUACUGAAGAUGGAAUCUCACCCGCACACCACCUGCUGGCCCGGGAGAACCCUCUACUUGCUAGCUCCCAGCUUCCCUGACAAACAGCGCUGGGUCACCGCCUUAGAAUCAGUUGUCGCAGGUGGGAGAGUUUCUAGGGAAAAAGCAGAAGCCGAUGCUGCCCGAGUCUGUGUUUCUUACGAGCUUCUGCCUGCCUGGGUUCAGAAAUUGCUUGGAAACUCCCUGCUGAAACUGGAAGGUGAUGACCGUCUAGACAUGAACUGCACACUGCCCUUCAGUGACCAGGUGGUGUUGGUGGGCACUGAGGAAGGGCUCUACGCCCUGAAUGUCUUGAAAAACUCCCUAACGCACGUCCCAGGAAUUGGAGCAGUCUUCCAAAUUUAUAUUAUCAAGGACCUGGAGAAGCUACUCAUGAUAGCAGGAGAAGAGCGGGCACUGUGUCUUGUGGACGUGAAGAAAGUGAAGCAGUCCCUGGCGCAGUCCCACCUGCCCGCCCAGCCCGACAUCUCACCCAACAUUUUUGAAGCUGUCAAGGGCUGCCACUUGUUUGGGGCUGGCAAGAUUGAGAACGGGCUCUGCAUCUGUGCAGCCAUGCCCAGCAAAGUCGUCAUUCUCCGCUACAACGAAAACCUCAGCAAAUACUGCAUUCGGAAAGAGAUAGAGACCUCAGAGCCUUGCAGCUGUAUCCACUUCACCAAUUACAGUAUCCUCAUUGGAACCAAUAAAUUCUACGAAAUCGACAUGAAGCAGUACACGCUGGAGGAAUUCCUGGAUAAGAAUGACCAUUCCUUGGCACCUGCUGUGUUUGCCGCCUCUUCCAACAGCUUCCCUGUCUCUAUCGUGCAGGUGAACAGUGCAGGGCAGCGAGAGGAGUACUUGCUAUGUUUCCACGAGUUUGGAGUGUUCGUGGAUUCUUACGGAAGACGUAGCCGCACAGACGACCUCAAGUGGAGUCGCUUACCUUUGGCCUUUGCCUACAGAGAACCCUAUCUGUUUGUGACCCACUUCAACUCACUCGAAGUAAUUGAGAUCCAGGCACGCUCCUCGGCAGGGACCCCUGCCCGAGCGUACCUGGACAUCCCGAACCCACGCUACCUGGGCCCUGCCAUUUCCUCAGGAGCGAUUUACUUGGCAUCCUCAUACCAGGAUAAAUUAAGGGUCAUUUGCUGCAAGGGAAACCUCGUGAAGGAGUCUGGCACUGAACACCACCGGGGCCCGUCCACCUCCCGCAGCAGCCCCAACAAGCGAGGCCCGCCCACGUACAACGAGCACAUCACACACGCGUGGCGCUCCAGCCCGGCGCCGCCCGAAGGCCCAGCCACCCCGAGAGCAAGCACACCCCACCGCUACCGCGAGGGGCGGACCGAGCUGCGCAGGGGACAAGUCUCCUGGCGCCCCUGGAGCGGGAGAAGUCCCGGCCGGAUGCUCAGCACGCGGAGACGGUCCCCUGGGCUGUUUGAGAGACAGCAGCAGGGGCCGGCUGGCCUGCGGGAGCCGUGGACCCGGCUGUCCCAGGUGAACAAGGUCUGGGACCAGUCUUCAGUAUAAAUCUCAGCCAGAAAAGCCAACUCCUCAUCUCGAUCUGCAGGAAACACCAAACACACCAUGGAACUCUGCUGAUGGGGACCCAAGCGCCCACGUUCUCAGCCACCCUCUGGCUCAGUGGGGCCCAGACCCACCUCAGCACGGACACCCCUGUCUCCAGGAGGGGCAGGUGGCUGAGGCUCUUCGGAGCUGUCAGGCCCGGUGCCUGCCCUGGGCACCUCCCUGCAGCCAUCUCUUUGCACUUUGUUACUCUUUCAAAGCAUUCACAAACUUUUGUACCUAGCUCUAGCCUGUACCAGUUAGUUCAUCAAAGGAAACCAACCGGGAUGCUGACUACGACGUGGUUAGAAUCCUAAUUAGCUACUUUAAUAUCCUAGGAUUGGUUGGUUUUUUUUUUUUCCUUUGUUUCUUUCUUUUUUUUUUUUUUUUAAGACAACAGAAUUCUUAAUAGAUUUGAAUAGCAACGUAUUUCCUGUUGUAGUCAUUUUUAGCUAGAUCACAUCAUCAGGUCUUUGCUACCGAGGCGUAGUAUAGAAGAGUCCCGGUCAGUUGGCCAACCUCCUGCAGCCACGUAGGUUCAUCCUUGUUCCUGUUCAUUCUCAUAGAUGGCCCUGCUUUCCCCAGGGUGACAUCAUAGCCAAAUGUUUACUGUUUUCAUUGCCUUUUAUGGCCUUGACGACUUCCCCUCCCACCAGCUGAGAAUGUACGGAGGUCAUCGGGCCUCAGCUCGGAGGCAGUGACUUGAGGUCAUUGGGCCUCAGCUCGGAGGCAGUGACUUGGGGCCAAGGGACCUCGAGACGCUUUCCUUCCCCGCCCCCCAGCGUCAUCUCCCCAGCCUGCUGUUCCCGCUUGCCAUAUAGCUUUGGCCAGGAAAGCAUGCAAUAGACUUGCUCGGAGCCCAGCACUCCUGGGUCUCGGGGUCAGGGAGGGGACGGGGGCACCCACCUCCUGUCUGACGGUGUGUUGUUCCCCACUACUGUGGGAUGGGGAAGAGGCCCGUCGGGAGUUCUGCAUGGCGGUUUACUGCAUGUGCUGCCCCCUUGGGUUGCUCUGCCAAUGUAUUAACACCAUCCCAUAGCUCCUGCCGAAUCGAGACCCUCUGACGACUUGCCAACUAACUGGCCACCACAAGCUGCAGUCUGUAGCACUGAACAAACAAAAAAAAACCAAAACGCUCAAGCCUUACGACCAGAGAAGGAUUUCAGCAAACCACCACCUCCCACUCAGUGUCCCCUCCGAGCUUCACACUUCCCUGCCUGCCGAGGAUGACUCUGUUCACACCCAAUCCAGCGCGGUUCUACCCCACGAAACUGUGACUUCCCAAAUGAGCCUUUCCCUAGGGCUGGGGGACCUGAGACCAGGAAGUGUGAGAAAGCAGCCGCAGCUCAACUCUUCCAGCUCCGCCCGGGUUGGGAAGUCCUUAGGUGCAGUGCGGCUCCCACUGGGUCUCCGGACCCUCCUAUUUGAGUAUGAAAUUCCUGGCAACUGAUAGAGAACCAACCUAGAGGCUUUGCAGUUGGCAAGCUAACUCGCGGCCUUAUUUCUGCCUUUAAUCUCCCACAAGGCAUCUGUUGCUUUGGGUCCUCCACGACUCUUAGGCCCGCCUCAACAACCCAGGCACCUCCUAGGUAGGCUCAAAGGUAGACCCGUUUCCACCGCAGCAGGUGAACACGACCGUGUUUUCAACCAUGUGUCCACAGUUCAGAUCCCUUUCCAGAUCGCAACCUGGCCUGCAUCCCAGCUCCUUCCUGCUCGUGUCUUAACCUAAGUGCUUUCUUGUUUGAAAUGCCUACAAACCUCCAUGUGGUAGCUCCUUUGGCAAAUGUCCUGCUGUCGCGUUUCAUGUGUUGCUUGGAGUCUGUGGGGUCGUACUCCCUCCCCUCCCGUCCCCAGGGCAGAUUUGAUUGAAUGUUUGCUGAAGUUUUUGUCUCUUGGUCCACAGUAUUUGGAAAGGUCACUGAAAAUUGGUCUUUCAGUCUUGGCAUUUCAUUUAGGAUCUCCAUGAGAAACGGGCUUCCUGAGCCCUGAAAAUGUAUAUUGUGUGUCUCAUCUGUGAACUGCUUCCUGCUAUAUAGAACUAGCUCAAAAGACUGUACAUAUUUACAAGAAACUUUAUAUUCGUAAAAAAAAAAAAAAAAGAGGAAAUUGAAUUGGUUUCUACUUUUUUAUUGUAAAAGGUGCAUUUUUCAACACUUCCUUUUGGUUUCAGUGGUGGUAGUUGUGGACAGCCAUCUUCACUGGAGGGUGGAGAGCCCCGUGAGACCACCAAGAUGCCAGCAGGAAAUAUCGUAACACGAAAUUGCUGUCAAAAGCUUAUUAGCAUCAAUCAAGAUUCUAGGUCUCCAAAAGUACAGGCUUUUUCUUCAUUACCUUUUUUAUUCAGAACGAGGAAGAGAACACAAGGAAUGAUUCAAGAUCCACCUUGAGAGGAAUGAACUUUGUUGUUGAACAAUUAGUGAAAUAAAGCAAUGAUCUAAA